GAAGGCAAGGGAACCUUGCUGGCCUUUUUCCCAGAAGUAGCAAGAGCUGUGUCCUGCAUUUGCAUGGAUCAGAGAGAUGACGACUGUGGAAAAGAAUUGUUGCCUGCCACAUCGAUUCUCCACCUGGUUCUGGCUGCUGCACAUCCCUCCUGCACAGUCUCAGAGGCUGCCCCUACUCUCGGCUGUCCUGCUCCUUCACAAGAUUGUGGAGAGAAGAACCCAAGGGAAGAGGCUUUUUCAUGAAGUUUCUCUGUGUCUAGCUGUCUGUAAUUCAAGCAUAGCUGCUGGGUUUGGCACUGCAGUUAGCUGUGUUUAAUAAAGAAACUUCUGGAGGAGGGCCUGCCAUUGCAGCAUCAUGCAUGCUGUCCUCUCCUGACACUGCUCCCUUUCCAAAGGGAAGCAAACGUCACUGAAGCAGGAGAGGUGUAAAUGCACAAACAGUAUAACCCUGCCAUUGCCAAUCACAGAAAAGCAGCAGCUGGUUCCUCCGUUACCAACAGUGCACUCUUCUAAACUCCUUAGAGACCAGGCCAGUGGGGUAUGUGGGGAGAAAUGUGGCCCCAGGAACACUCAGAGUUCAAACGAAAGAUUCCUGCCUCUAUUCUCAACUGCAUAUGUUUGCUCUGAACGUGUGCAACCCUAACACACUGCUGGCGUGGGCAGAAUGCCAAGAGCAUGCAGCACCAACGCAAGGAACGGCUGUAAGUUGUACUGCCUCCGCGCUUCACUGCUGCUGGGAGGCACCGCCUUGGCUUCACGUGCGUAACAGGGCAGUGGGCAGGUAUCACUGCCUUGCUCUAUGACUGCCGCCAGUGCUGUUCACAGGAAUCAUGUCCUGUGCUCUGCCCACUCCUGUGAAGUACCAGGCUUUGGAAACCUUGACAUCACACCUUUGUCCACUCAUUCUGCAUACUUGAUAAGGAACCUGCCACAACAGGCCUAUAAGGCCUGCUUCCCCAGGGACCACAACCCAUCGCAGGCUUGGGGGAGGGAGGGAAGAGGACAGCACAGACAUGUGCUUCCCCCAGUAGCUCUAGCACUGUGGAAUUGCUUGCUGAUGCACCCCUGUAGCACGCCACAGACCUUCUGGUUCCAGAAUGAUUCCCUCUGGCUGGCAGCCACUCGGUAGCAAGGUACCAGCAGGUGAUCAGUGUAUUUUCCCUGGGGCUCUUCGUGGUCUGUUGAGAUCAGCAACAGAGGUGCUGAAAUGCUGCAGUACCUGCUGAUUGCCCCAGGCCUCGAAUAACUCGGUUCUGCAAGUCUGAGUUAUCACGACGCACACGUGGCUCCAUCCUUUCACUUGCACUGUGCACAAUUGUCUGCUACUGGGGGGUGUGUGCCUGUGUUGCAAGUUACCCUAGGCACUGCUGCUUUCAGUAGCCAGCACCACCAGAACACCCUCCACCACAUCUUCUAAGACAAGGCCUUGUGGCAUUCGCGUCUGUCCUCUUGACUCCAAAAGCUGCAGCAGAAACCUUUCUUGAUAAAGUGCACGUCCUGACCUUCCCUUCUGAGAGAAGCAGGAGGGAGCAAUAGUACCCUGAGGUGCCAGGAGCUUCCAGGAUUCCAGUUCAGCCUUUUCUUCCAUAGUGCCCCUGGCAUGUCUGAAGCCCUUCUGCAAUCUCCCACAAGUCACUGCUUCCUGAAGCCGUGCCAGUUGCUCUGGGAUAUGUGCUAGGAAAGGAGCACAAGCGCAGCGGCGAAGCAGAAUGGGGACUGAAGCAGUCUGGCUAGCAUGGAGCACCAGACCAAUGGUGCUUACCCUGCUAUAUGCCACAGGGCUAGCUCUCCAUGGGGCAGUUUUCUCAUUGUAUUGGGACCAGCUGUGGCUCCAAGGUUAAAGCUGAAUUUCCCACUUAAAGCAGAGGUUUGGCUUUGUCACAUAUGAAAAGUACUUUGUGUCUGCCUCUGUGCUACCGUAUUUGCUCUUUGAAUAACUAUGGCAUUUCCUAAGACUUUACCAGUAAAUCUAUCAAUCAGAGUUUAAUUUAUUAAGAACUAUUUCACUGAUAUUUAGAACCCUACAGCAGACCUUUUUUCUGUCCUGAGUGAUUUCAGCUCAAACUGCAGAUUUUUGGAUCUGGAGCAAUGGUAGUUUUUACAAGUAAAUUUUUACUUCCAAAACAGUCAGUUUCUUCCCCGCUGUCCUUCUAACUGCAAGUUUGGUUGGUUGGCAGAAGCAGCAAAUGUUUCCUUUCAGAACAACGCAAGUAGUUUCCAAUGCAUCUUUGCUCGUUGCACUCAGUGAGCCUGAACUUAUACACAGGGCAUCCUUGGCAAGGAUGCCAACUUCCUCUAUUCACUUUCUCCUCCAAGUGUCCUCCUCUGUCUUCUGUCCAUGUUGGGUGGCACCAACCUCCUGGAGGGCAGCUUGGCUUCACUCCCAUGGAGAACAAAGGAAGGCUUUGAUGAUCCUUGCUAUGGGAAGCCACUGCCUCAGUCCCACUGAGAGCAAUGGGACAUGGUAACCAUUGUGUACAAGGGCACUUCCUCAGGAGCUUCUCAGAAAAAGCAUUUUUAUACAUCCAGCCUCAGGGGAGGGACCCAUUUCUGUUACGAAGAUAAGGACAAAAAAGCACAACCCAAGAUACUUUUAAAGAACUAACUCACCAGAGCUGCACCAGAUCCACUCAACAGUGCCGGGGGGGAGGUGCUGACAAAUGGGGCAAGGAGAGCUAGAGCAUGGCCUGCACCAGAGGGGCUCAGGCUGCAGAAGAAAGGGGUGGCCCUUCCAGCAGAGGGAGGAUUCAGCAGUGCGUGCAGGGGGUGAGGAGGACAGGGAGGGGACCUGAUGUAUGCUCUGACAGUGCACGGCAGCUGUAAGCCCAGCAUGACUGGCCAGUGUCAUCUGGUUGCUUUGUGUGGCUGCAGAACCCGCAAAGCACCCGGGGCAUAUGAGCACAUCCGGCUCAAUGUACUGAGUUAAACAAGUAUCACUUGUUAUCUUCAAAUUAUCAGAAAUAGCCACAAGUGCCUGCAUCCUGGGGCCUGCUGUUCUUGAACUCCUUACAUGACUAAAAUAGCUUUGCAGGUGAAGCCCCUAUGGAGAUGUGGUGGAUGCGGAGAGUGGCUGGCAGUCAUCUGGGGAAUGUAUUUCACAGGGAGGUUGUAACUGUCCCCACAGCGGCAGCCCAGAGCUAGACUGCGCUCCGAAAAGGCCCUGUGUGUUCAACUCCAAGUCAUCUUUCACACCUGAAUAAUCCUAACUCUGCCCUGUGGAGACGUCUUGAGGGGCAGAAAGGAGAGAGGGGAGGUGUUAGGGACGGUUUGAGAGAACACGCCUGAUGUAAUAUCUUGAAGAUCAGGUUGAUCUGAUCUGGAUCCGAAACACUAACCUGCGCCCGUACCAGGUGAAGGCUGUUGCUGCCAGCAGAUGUAAGGUGGUUUUAGGGCCCAGCCUAUGGAUUGCCAGACCUCAGUGUGUCCAGAUUUCUUUUACUGACUCCAGAUUUCAGGCAUACACAGGCCUGCCUGCGAUGGGGGGUGCUGACAUUCUGCAGCUGGUGAUAACCACAUCCCUCUGAUGCUUCUCCCCUAAACGAGUGACGACUGCUAUCGCAGAGCUCAGCUGCUAGCUUAGGGCCCCAGUGAGAGCACCGUGCAGGGCCUACCUGAACGUGGGUUGUGGACAUGUCUGGGCUUUAGGAGGGCUCCUGGCAGCUGAAAGACAUCUUCUCCAGUGCAGUGACAGCCAAGCGGAGAAUGGUCUGGUGGCCAUGUUUCUGCUGGGAAGGAGGGGGCUGUGUGUCAGUAACAGCUUCUCAGGACCAGGGCCUGGGCAGAUGCAAGGGUGCAGGUGUCCUGAGCAGGGGUCACAGCAGAGCCCGUCCAAGGCUGGCGUAGAGGGGUUUUCUGGUGUGCGUGUGCUUAGCUCCUGGGAGAAUGUGCUGCUGAGCCUGACCCCUCUAUUCUUCUGGCUGCCAGGGGAACAGGUCUUCGCAGGACUGGAGGAACAAGCCCGCCAGGCCAUGAUGAAAACUGACUUUCCUGGGGCACUUGGGGACCCGCGGCCAGCUAUCCACCAGCUGCAAGAUCACGACUCCAGCAGUAGUGACAGCGAUGAAGAGGAGACCACGCAGGAUGAGGCCUCUUCCCACACCUCUGAGGAGGACAGAGCAGUGGUUAAAGUGAAAAAGGAACUGGAGAACACAGAGCAGCCUGUAGCCAGGACCCAACAUAUGGCAGAGAAUGAGGCGACAGAGAAUUUGAAUGCAGACCCCAUGCUGGGGCUGUCACAGUGCCCGCUUUGCCAGCUGGAGUGUGGCAGCAGAGAGCAGCUCAUUGCUCACGUGUACCAGCACACAGCAGCUGUGGUCAGCGCCAAGAGCUACAUGUGUCCUGUGUGUGGCAGAGCCCUCAGCUCCCCAGGAUCCCUUGGGCGGCACCUGCUGAUCCACUCCGAGGACCAGCUGUCCAACUGUGCCGUGUGUGGGGCUCGCUUCACCACCCACGCCACCUUCCACAGUGAGAAGCUGCCAGAGGUGCUUACUGCAGAUCACCUCCCCACCCCCCAUGCUGAGGGUCCCCCUGGUGCUGAGGGCAAAGACACUGCCUUCCACGGCCCUGUGUACCCUGCAGGCGUCCUCCUCGUGUGCAACAACUGCGCGGCCUACCGCAAGCUGCUGGAGGCGCAGGCCCCAGGCGUGCGUAAGUGGGCACUGCGACGGCAGAACGAGCCCCUGGAGGUGCGGCUGCAGCGCCUGGAGCGGGAGCGCACGGCCAAGAAGAGCCGGCGCGACAAUGAGACGCCGGAGGAGCGCGAGGUGCGGCGCAUGCGUGAUCGCGAGGCCAAGCGGCUGCAGCGCAUGCAGGAGACAGAUGAGCAGCGGGCACGGCGCUUGCAGCGGGACCGCGAGGCCAUGCGGCUGAAGCGUGCCAACGAGACCCCUGAGAAGCGGCAGGCGCGGCUCAUCCGGGAGCGCGAGGCCAAGCGGCUCAAGCGGCGCCUGGAGAAGAUGGACAUGAUGCUGCGGGCCCAGUUUGGCCAGGACUCCUCUGCCAUGGCAGCCUUGGCUGCCGAGAUGAACUUCUUCCAGCUGCCAGUGGGCAGCGUGGAGCUGGAGAGCCAGCUGCUGGGCAAGAUGGCUUUUGAGGAGCAGAGCAACAGCACCUUGCACUGAGGGCAGCCCAGGGACCGCGCCCCUCUGUUGCACGGCGCCAGCACCUUGCUCUGGGCAGCUCCAUGCCCCUAAGGGGCUCUGCAUGGGGCCUGGCUGCCCCUCCCGGGCCCAGGGACUGGCUCUGCCCCUGCCCAAGGGAGCAGUAUAGCACCAGGAGGUGUCUGCUUGGGCAGCACAGUUGGGCGUGGACUCUGGAGGCAGCCUGCCCUGGGGCCAAGCACAACCUGUGAACAGAGGGAAAAAUAAAUUAAUUUUAUGUACGAGUCCCCUUCACUGCAUGUUGCUUCCCUCUGGUGCUCAGGCCCCAUCUGGGCACCAGGUCCUGGCUGCCGUGGUUGCUGACAGGCCAUGUCCAGCCUUAGCUUUGUCUGGCUGGAGAGACCCCGCCAUGGUUCUCAGGACCAUGCUACUCCCACCCACUGGCAGGGGAAAUGACUCACCUGCCGGGUCUCUAACAGGGGGCAAUGAAGCCUGGAGAGCUGGACUCCUCCACUGCUGCCGGUGCACUGCUGUGCGUGCAGCACUGCAGUGAGGGGAGACUCUUCCUGUUCAGGGGGCUUUAGAGCACAGAGGAACACGCAAACUGAGGAAGGGAGCAGCAGGAGAACCUUGUUCUGUCAGUACAGAACCUGGGGAAGGGCUUUGCGGGCAACGCAGGAGCUUCCUGGACAUGUCAAGGCCCUGCAGAAAUGCUGGCCGGCAAAUGGGGAAACAGGAGUGCAGCUGCUGGGUCAGGGGGAGAGUACCAGCAUCCUGCCCUGUUGGACCAGGCGCAGGCCCCAACAGCAGCUAGCCUCUCACCCUGAUCCUGAUGCUGCCCUGCUGUGACCACGAACACCCCAGGCUGCUCGGAGAAGGAUGCUGCUCCCCACUCCCUGCCCUGGGGUGGGUCCCCAUGUGUUGGCGUGGGUGGGUGACCAGUUCUGGCCACAAGAGAAAUAUACUGGAGAGACAUCAAAGAAAAGCAGCUGAGGACAAACAGAUUUUCCACGCACACCCUGGUUACUGUGACCCAGAGGAGACCCUGCACAUGCCGGGACCACUGGAAUGGUGCAGAGGAAAGAGGAAGAGUGGUUGUUUUUUAGGAGAUGUUGGAGACAAACUCUCUGCGCCCUCCCCCUAUGGCUAGGCUGGGAUUUGAGGGUGCAGUGACAGAUGUUAUCUGGCACAGCCUAACAGCCUGCUAUAGACAGGGUAACGUACCCUUUACCACGAGCUACCCCAGAGAGGGGACAUCUCAGCAGCUUCAUGUCUCCUACCCAGUACUGACAUGCUAUGUGCCCUGCCUACCCCAUGAAGGCAUUUUAAAAAAAACACCUUAGUGUGAACUGGCUCUUCGACGAGUCAGCUCAGUAGUCACCCAAGCUCUGGGCCACACCAUGAAAUCUGUCUCAAUGCCCUGCCCUGGCUGUGUAUGGCCAAAGUUAAACCAAACAAGUCUCCUGAAUUCCUAGAAUUUUAGCGUGAGACCACUUUGCUCUGAAGCAUCCCCCAAAAGCGACAAUCCAUCCUUCAGGCUGCAGAGCUGGAACUGGGGCAGAAAGCACAGGAGGAACAUUCUUUCAGCAUCCUCAGGCUGACGGCGCGUGGUCUAAGGGACUCCCACCGCUUCCCUCUGAAAGGAUAGGAUGAUGAUGUGCCCGUUUCCCAGCUGUGAAAUAGGUGCAGGUCAGGCCACAAAUCUCAGGGCCCAGCACCUUGUACUGGCGUGUGUCCUUUCUCCUCUGGCAUUUCAUGCUAAAUGUCAAAUCUGGGAUUUACUAAGCAUACAGGAUACGCAGCCUGACUGCAGGGACUUUUUACACCUAUGCCUCCGACUCAGUGCUUGCCCUGCUGGAGGCAUGGGCUCUGUGAGCUGCCUUCACUCAGCAGCAGCUGCAGUCUCUUCUUUACUGGGUUUUAGAACCAAACCUCGAUUCCUGUAUGCACUACUUCAGGAUCUUCCUAAUGGAGCAACCGCAGUUAAAACAAGCAGGUGAAUCAGGUCCCUCUCCCAGAGCCAAGGCAGCUUUGUUUCCAAAAGAGCUUGUGCAUUCCGAUGCUGCCUGCUUGCCACAUUCUUGAGUUUGCAGGUGAAAAGUUGGUGACAAGGUAAAUACUCAGGAGAGCUCAGCUUCACAGCACAAGCCAGAUCGUGUCAGUAAAGCAGGUUGUUCAGACCCAUGUUUAAAUACAGCCGAACACAAGAACGUACAAAGAAUGUUGGCUGGACUUACAGGAAGCAGGACUUCAGCUUGGAAAUCAGCAACUUCAAGGCAGCAUGGGGAAGGCAGAGGAUGAGCAGCCCAGGCAGACACUCAGAACAGUGUGGUGGCAAAAAGGAUAAACUGAUCGUAGUCAGAGCCUGUCACUGCAUACAGGGAAAGAUCUUGAUACCAGAGGGCUCGCCAACCUAGGGGAAACAGUAUUAAAGAGCAUCAAAUGCUGGGAGCUGAGGCUAGACAAGGUCAAACUAGAAGCAGGCACAAGGUAACAAGGGUGAGGAAUGACUUACCAGGCAAUGUGCUGGAUUCUUCAGCAAGAGAUAGCUUUCAAACAGACGACCUCUAAACUACAUGCACUAGCUCAACCACAGCUACUGCUCCCAGAAUCCCCAUGGCUGGGUAAGAAGUUCCUCGGUCUGGUAGGCAAGUAGUCAGAUGAGCUAUCAUUAUUGUGACGUGCUUUCUGGUUUCACAGUUCAAGGCUUGCAAAAAUAAAAGCUUCACUUUGCCAUCAAAGGGUUUAUUAGAAGCUGAACUUUCUCACCAGUUCCAACCUCCUUUACGCCCGUUUGCAUUGUGCUUGGUGCCUACAUACCACAGUAACAAGGCCUGUAACAGCACGGAGGUUUUUGGAUAGCGAAGAGCACCGUACCAUCUGGCAGUAACAAGCACUGUCCUCGGGAGCUCCCAGCUGCUUGCACCCUGCUGCACUUGCCAUCCUGCCACCUGCUGUCUU